AUGAAAAAACAGCUAUUGAUGAAAGAAAACAAAAAGAAACUGGAAAUAAUGCAACUAGAGUAUGAAGAGAGAAAAAGAGGGAAGAUGAGGUUGUGGUCUUUCAUGAUAAUUGCUAGGUUAUGCAAGGCUGCUGUUGCAACAACUACUGGCUCAAUUUUUCUUUCGCUACACGAAUUCCUAAUGCUAAGAUGGGGAACGUCUUUUCCAUACCCCGAAGCAUCUCUCGAAGGAUUCCUUAAUCAAAACAAUGUUCGAGAUGAGGACAGUUAUGAUAACGCUUUUUCUCCUCCUGCUCACUCGGAAUCUUUACCAAGUACUACUAGGCCAAGUUCAUCGGCUUCAACAUCAACUCCAACACUAGGAACUAAAAUAUUAAAAAGAAAAAAAGGAAUGGAGGAGAAAAAAAAUGAACUUGUGGAACUAGCUCAUAGGGCUUUGUCUAAACCCCCUACAUGUGCGGAACCUGAAAAUCCCUGCGACAUAGCAGGAAAAAAAUUUGCUUCUGAUUUAAAUGACAUCUAA